GUAUGUUGAGGCAAAGCCAGACAGGGUCACUGUAGUCUUCAGCACCAUAUUUAAGGAUGAAGGCGAUGUUGUUCUCGGAAAGGUGUUCAUGCAGGAAUUCAAAGAGGGCCGCAAGGCAAGCCACACAGCGCCACAAGUGCUCUUCAGCCACCGUGAGCCUCCAAAGGAGUUAGAAAACACGGAUGCUCGUGUCGGCAACAGCAUCGGCUACAUCACGUUUGUGCUCUUCCCAAGGCACACAAACCGCCAAGCAAGGGACAAUACAAUAAACUUGAUUCACAUCUUCCGUGACUACCUGCACUAUCACAUCAAGUGUUCCAAGGCCUACAUACACUCCCGGAUGCGUGCCAAGACGUCUGACUUCCUCAAGGUGCUCAAUCGUGCGAGACCAGAUCCAAAAUCUGUAGAGAAGAAGACAAUCACGGGACGGACGUUCACACGCAACUAGCAAUGACAAGCUGUUAUUGACGCAAAAGGCCUCCAAACGAAGGAGGCCCCAUUUGUUUAACCUUGGCACACAAGACGCAAUUGACCCAAUGGUUUUUUAAUUUAUGCGCCACAAACGCUUACCAGCCUUGUUGUGUUUGACAGAUGCUGAUUUAUAGUUACAUCUUCCUCUGUUUUUGUUUUUUUUUUAUACUCUCGAGCUUCUCUUUUUCUUCCUCCCUAGUUACACAUUCAUUUGUCACUCUUGUGGGAAUAAAUUUUUGUGAUGAUAUAAAAACUAGGGAACACGGUUACACACAAGUGAAUGACACCACACAUAUGCAUUACGGUAUUACUUAGCUGCUUUCAAAAUAAGGCUAGGUGCGCCUGCGUUUUUCUUUCUUUCUUUUUUUUUUUUUUUUUUUUUUGUAUGUCGAGCACUGAUUUCUAGGCUUAUAGAAAUCUUUCUUGAAUCAUUGAUUGCAGCAGUUUGCAGGGACAAACGCUGUGUGCUGUAAAUAUCGAGAUGAUGAUGAUGAUGAUUAAACUAAGUUCUUUAUA